UCCAUUUUCCAAUAUUAAUUCAGUUUCCCUCCUUUCCCCAAUACACGACAACGCACACCUUAAUUCCCCUUCACAUCCACCUUGUCCCAAUCUCCAACUCCUUCAACCUCCUCUCCUCUGUUUUCUUUUCUAUCUCCAACAACAACAGUGACCAAAACGACGCCGUUUCCGAGGCUUCCAAAAACCGCAAUUCCGAACUCCACACACACAUAUUCUCCAGUUCCAUUCCUUUUUCUUCUUCCUUUUCUAGCUCUUUAUUCCGCGUGCGCGAAACUAUUAUUAUAACGCUGAUUGCGACGCGAAUUAAUCUUUAUCCGUUGCGCUGAAGCAAUUAAUGUGGCGUCCACUUCACAUACGUGGAUUUCCAAUCCCGCUUCAUUCCGAAAUCCACACUACAUCAAAGUUGAAACUCUAUUAAUCUGAUUCCAUUGUUGGUUGGUUAUUCAUUCCUCCAAGUUCAGACAAAUAGCAAAAAACAACACAGUAGUUAGCGCGCGCUUAUUUCUAGAUCUCGCUUUCUCGAUUCUCCUUUUCCCAAGCGAAUCUGAAUCCAAGAAAAAACAACAGCAUACGAUUCCUUUCUUCUCUCUGAAGAUGGAUUUCGUCGUGGCGUUCGCAUUAUUGUGUCUAUUCACGAUGGAGCCAUGGCGCGUUCUCUCGCAGCAGCAACAGAGACUUCUCGUGAACAUGACGCUCGUUCCAAACGCUCGUGCUAGCGGUGCUCUUUGUUUGGACGGAAGUUUACCGGCGUAUCACUUGCACAGAGGAUUUGGAGCUGGUAAAGACAACUGGCUUCUACAAUUUGAGGGAGGUGGAUGGUGCAAUGACUUGAAAUCAUGCUUGGAGAGAGCCACAACUAGGAGGGGUUCAACACGUUAUAUGACCAAGUGGGAGGUGUUCUCUGGUAUUUUAAGCAAUAGUGCUACCCUUAAUCCAGAUUUUUACAAUUGGAACCGUGUGAAGCUGAGAUAUUGUGAUGGAGCUUCAUUUACUGGAGACGCUGUGUUCACUAACAAGACAACAACACUUCAUUUCAAAGGGCAAAGAAUUUGGGAAGCCAUUAUUCGCGACCUUUUACCACAGGGUUUGGGAAAGGCACGGAAGGCUUUGCUUUCAGGUUGCUCAGCAGGAGGGUUAGCGACCUUUCACCAUUGUGACGCCUUCGCCAAGUAUUUGCCAACGAAUGCUAGUGUUAAAUGCUUGAGUGAUGCCGGUUUUUUUCUUGAUGAAAGAGAUAUCAGUUUGAAUCACACUAUGAGGUAUAAUUUCAAAAGUCUAGUUCAAUUGCAGGGGAUAGAGAAGAACCUGAACAGAAAUUGUACCAGAGCACUGUACUUUCCAGACUUGUGCUUCUUUCCACAAUAUGCGUUGAGAUACAUAUCAACACCAUAUUUUAUCUUGAACUCUGCCUAUGAUGUAUUCCAGCAGUUCACUCAUAUAUUGGUGCCACCCUCUGCUGAUAUGCGCGGACACUGGAAACACUGCAAGGCAAACCUGGCAGAGUGUACAACAGAACAAAUUGAUACAUUGCAAGGUUUUAGGCUAGACAUGCUUGGAGCUUUGAGACCGUUCUAUAUGAAUUCAAGAAGAGGGGGGAUGUUCAUAAAUUCAUGUUUUGCUCAUUGCCAAAGUGAACUACAAGAAACAUGGUUUGGGGAUGAUUCUCCAAGAAUAAACAAUAAGACUAUUGCCGAAGCUGUUGGUGAUUGGUAUUUUAGUAGAAACUUAAGCAAGGAAAUAGACUGUGCAUAUCCUUGUGAUGCAACUUGUCAUAAUCUUAUACCGUAACCUCAGGUUAAUUGGAAGAUUAAACUGAAUUUUCCUCAAGCUUCUCUAUUUCUCACAGAGAAGCUAUGAUAGUUCUCUAAAAAAGAAUUCAGAGGCAUUUUUCGUAGAAAGCCAUACAAGUACAGUGAAUGCUAGGCAGAUAGAAAAUUCUUUGAUAGGAACAAGAAAGGGAUAAAGAAACCAAAAGAAAAAAUGUGGCUUGAAUGAUGUCAAUUAUUGUUUAUUCAUUAGAAAAUAUUUUAUUACUUAAUAAAAUCAAUUGGUUUUUGUUUUUUUU